AUGAUUAAGAAACUCUUAGUGCCGGUUGCCGCUAUCUCCCUGCUUGCGGCCUGUACCAAUGAUAGUGGGCAGGCAGUGAAAAAAGGAGAUAUCCUGGUCACCAAUAUGGACAGCACCGCCAAUCCUGCAGACGACUUUUUUGAAUAUGCCAAUGGUGCCUGGCUGAAAGCAAAUGAGAUACCGGCCAGUGAAUCCAGCUGGGGAAUUGCUCAUCUCACCGCCAAAAAGCGUUAUACCGAUAUCGUGGAGAAUGUGCGUAAUGCCUACCGCCUGCGCCUGGAGAAGCUGGAUUGGAUGGGUGAUAGCACCCGGCAAAAGGCAUUGGCCAAGCUGGCUUCUAUUAAGAAGAAAGUAGGUUACCCCGACAAAUGGAAAGACUUUUCGGCUAUGAAGAUAGGUAUUGAAUCUUAUGCCGCUAAUAUGAUGGCCGCUAACGAAUGGUGGCAUAAAUACCAGAUCAGCAAAUACGGAAAACCGGUUGACCGCGAUGAGUGGGAAAUGACGCCGCAAACCUAUAAUGCUUAUUACAACCCUUCUAACAACGAGAUCGUAUUGCCUGCCGGUAUCUUCACCGUACCCGGUUACCGCGAUGAAGAGCUGGAUGAUGCCCUGGUAUAUGGCUAUGCGGCGGCUUCGACCGUCGGGCAUGAGAUCACCCAUGGCUUUGAUGACGAGGGCCGCCAGUUUGAUGAGAAGGGCAACCUGCAAAGCUGGUGGACCAAACAGGACGAAGCGCAGUUCACCAAAAAAGCAGCCGUGCUGGUGCAGCAGUUCAACAAUAUUGUGGCGGUGGAUUCCCUGCACAUCAAUGGCCGGGCAUCGCUGGGCGAAAACCUGGCUGACCUGGGUGGCGUGCUCAUUGGUAUUGAUGCUUUUAAAAAUACAGACGCCUAUAAAAAAGGAGAAAAAAUAAAUGGCCUGACACCGCUGCAACGCUUCUUCCAGGGCUAUGCGCUGGGCUGGCUGUACAAGCAACGGCAGGAGGAACUGGCUUCCCGUAUUCUUACCGAU